AUGGUGUACCUUAACCUGAGAGGCAAGAAACUGUUAGCUGGAAUAACAAUUUCCAGUGGUUUAGGUUUUAUUCUGUUCGGUUAUGAUAACGGUGUUAUCGGUGGUCUGCUUACUGCUCCCGACUUUGAAUCAACAUUUAAUCUCGAUUCUACACUUCAAGGAGUCGUUACUUCAUUAUUUGAGCUGGGAUGUUUCUUUGGGUCUCUUGUCACAGCCGUUGCAGGUGGUCGACUGGGCCGUCGGACUCUCGCACAUUUUGGCACAUUAUCCAUUACCGUCGGUGCCCUUCUUCAGGCCUCUAGUUUUUCUGUUGGUCAGUUGAUGGUCGGGCGCAUCGUUGCUGGUAUCGGCCUUGGCCUUAUAUCCAGCAACAUAGCUAUCUGGCAAUCAGAGACAGCCCCAGCAAACGUGCGUGGCACGUUAGUCGCGUGUUCGUUGAGCUUCCUCAUCGUCGGCCAGCUUUUAGCGAACUUGAUCGAUUAUGGCAUGAAUAGCUAUUCUGGUCCCGUCACAUGGCGAUUCCCAAUUGCCUUCCAGGCGGUUCUAGCACUUCUCAUGAGUGCUCUUCUAUUCUUCAUGCCUGAGUCUCCUCGAUACCUCAUAAUGAAAGAUCGCAUUGAAGAGACUGUCGAAGUCCUUCAGGCGCUCAAAGAUACCAACGAUAGAGAGACUGUUGCUGCCGAAAUUGCAGAGAUCAAGGAGGCCCUUUUACUGGAACUCAACUCUCAAAAAAGCUGGACGGAUCUUUUCAAGAAUGACAAGGUCAAAUCACGCCGCCGCGUCAUUAUUGCUUGCAUUGUCAACUUGAUGCAAGAUCUGAGUGGAAGUACUCCGAUAGCGUAUUACACUACUUUCAUCUUUCAGAAUUCUGUUGGUUUCUCUCGGCAUUUGUCCUUGCUCAUGUCCAUCUUCCUGCAGCUGUGGUUCCUUUUGGCGUCAACACUUACUUGGUGGCUGAUUGAGCGUGUUGGGCGUCGGAGAUUAUUCAUGCUAUCAGCUUGCUGUAUGGGCAUGGUCAUGGCAGUUGUUGCAGCGAUGCUGGCUGUUAAUACCCGUACUUCUGGAAUUGUCGCUGUCGUCAUGAUCUUUGCGUAUCAGGCGUUUUUCACGUGGGGAUUUAUGGGUGGUGUUUGGGUCUAUGGACCAGAAAUCCUACCCCUCGAAUAUCGAUCCAAAGGAAUGGGUCUUGCCACUGCCACCCUUUGGCUAUUUUCUUUCGUGAUGGUUGAGAUUGUCCCUUCAAGCAUAUCCAACAUCGGAUGGAAAACAUACAUCAUAUUUGCAGUGUUCAACUUUUCCUUCAUUCCUAUCAUCUACUUAUUCUUCCCAGAGACUAAAGGCCUCAGUCUUGAGUUGGUCGACCUUGCUUUCAUGGACGAUUCAAUGUCUCCGGUCAAGCGUGCCAAGGAGCUGCACAAGAUGAUUGCAUCUGGAGAAGAAUUGACUCUCAGAACUGAGGUGGGGGGAAAAGACGUCGAUAUCGUGCAUAUAGAGGAAAAGACGGCAUAA